GCAAUAGGGAAUAGACUACUUUUAAUUCUUUAGUUGGGAUUGUAGUUUUAUUUCGUGGAUCAUACUAUACGUAUACAAAACAUUCGUUUAUGAUCACACAUUUUUAUUUACAUUACUUGUGUUUUUUCUUUACUUCCGUGUCAAUUAGUUUUCUUAACCCGUUUUGGCAUUGGUUCUUCUCUUUUCAUCGUGCCGGGUUAAGUUUUAAAUCUUAGAGUGGACAUAAGUAUGGUCUACUUCCUCUUGGAGUGACCACAAGUCUACUUCCGAUCUGGCUGUCUAGCUAGACUAGCUGUAGCUUCAGCCAUGGGUCACUACAGAUGUAUGCUAGCGAUCAGCUGGGUCAUCUUCACCCUGGCUGGAGCCAUGGUCAGUGUCUCCAUGUUUCUUCCAUACUGGCUCCAGCUUGACCAGGCCACUGAACAUUUCGCUGGUCCGAGAAGCUUCCAGAACAAUUCCACAGACUACCUAGUCCCCACCUGGUGCAUGUUGGCCAUCUCGUCCUUCCUGUCCUGGACAUGCAGUGUCCUACUUCUGGUGCUGGCCUGCACAGACUGGUGCUGUCACGUGACGUCAAGCAUGCGAGUCGUGCCCAAAAUAACCAUGGUCUUAGGGGCACUUAGUGGGGCCCUAGCCAUCACUGGAUGUGUUCUAGUACUGUUGGACACCUACGUGACCCGCCUACUUACUUCUGCCAGUGACGUGUAUCCGGGGUACUGCUUCUACCUGACUCUGUCAGCCGCCAUCUUUCUUCUGAUGGCCGGAUGUCUGGUGCUUCACGUCAAGCGCCGAAACAAGAUCGCGCCGGAAAAACCGGCUCCGUCUAGCCGUGGCGAGGCUGUAGACCAAGCUUACACGGUCAUGCCGGCUUACAUACCGGAGCAGUACUUCGCCAACCCUCACAACCCGAAAUACACAAGCCAACCCGUACACGCCAGCACUACCUCGCACUAUGAAGUAACAAAGAGGGACAACUCUAAAUCAUCUCAUGCUACAACACAAACUCUUUAUGAUCCCCAACACAGCGGCAAGCUUGCAGUAACCAUGGCGACACAGACGCUGAAAAAUCCCACCAAGAAGCAGCCAUCUUUAACCACUUCCACGCAAACGAAGGCAGCUAAAAUAAAAGCAGCCUCGGCGCAGACGACGUUUAACGUGAAUGAUGAUCCAAUCAUCGUUAGAUCCCCACCAGUGUUGACCUCUGAGAAAACUUGGACAGAACUGAACAAAUCAGCCUCGGUGGAGUCCCCUUACUACUAGAAAAUUACAAAAAGUCA